UCUGAGGCUGAGGGUUUCCGCCGCUCGUCCACCCUUCCCCCCCAAGCCCAUGACCCGCCUCCGGCCCCCGCCCUCCCAGUCCAAUCUCCGAUCUGUUUAGUAAGAAGGUGCUGUUCCGAAAAGGAGGCAAAGGGGGUAGCACGGAUAACCUCGGCCCUGGACGUAGGAAGCGCCUGUGUCUGGCAGAGCCGGUGUGAGACGAAGAGACAAUCCUUCCCUGCCGCCCGGAUAAUCAAGAGUUUUGGCCGGACCUUUGAGCACACACCGAGAGAGUGAGGAGCCAGACGAAAAGCACAGACUAUGGCGCUGAAACGGAUUAAUAAGGAACUUAGUGAUUUGGCCCGUGACCCUCCAGCACAAUGUUCUGCAGGUCCAGUUGGGGAUGAUAUGUUUCAUUGGCAAGCCACAAUUAUGGGACCUAAUGACAGCCCAUAUCAAGGCGGUGUAUUCUUUUUGACAAUUCAUUUUCCUACAGACUACCCCUUCAAACCACCUAAGGUUGCAUUUACAACAAGAAUUUAUCAUCCAAAUAUUAACAGUAAUGGCAGCAUUUGUCUCGAUAUUCUAAGAUCACAGUGGUCUCCUGCUUUAACUAUUUCUAAAGUUCUUUUAUCCAUUUGUUCACUGCUAUGUGAUCCAAACCCAGAUGACCCCCUAGUGCCAGAGAUUGCACGGAUCUAUAAAACAGACAGAGAUAAGUACAACAGAAUAUCUCGGGAAUGGACUCAGAAGUAUGCCAUGUGAUGCUACCUUAAAGUCAGAAUAACCUGCAUUAUAGCUGGAAUAAACUUUAAAUUACUGUUCCUUUUUUGAUUUUUCUUAUCCGGCUGCUCCCCUAUCAGACCUCAUCUUUUUUAAUUUUAUUUUUUGUUUACCUCCCUCCAUUCAUUCACAUGCUCAUCUGAGAAGACUUAAGUUCUUCCAGCUUUGGACAAUAACUGCUUUUAGAAACUGUAAAGUAGUUACAAGAGAACAGUUGCCCAAGAUUCAGAAUUUUUUUAAAAAUGGAGCAUGUGUAUUAUGUGGCCAAUGUCUUCACUCUAACUUGGUUAUGAGACUAAAACCAUUCCUCACUGCUCUAACAUGCUGAAGAAAUCAUCUGAGGGGGAGGGAGAUGGAUGCUCAGUUGUCACAUCAAAGGAAGCAGCAUUAUUCUAGCAUCCAGUCUUUUUUUAAGCCUUCCACUGUUAGAGAUUUGAGGUUACAUGAUAUACUUUAUGCUCAUAACUGAUGUGGCUGGAGAAUUGGUAUUGAAUUUAUAGCAUCAGCAGAACAGAAAAUGUGAUGUAUUUUAUGCAUGUCAAUAAAGGAAUGACCUGUUCUUGUUCUACAGAGAAUGGAAAUUGGAAGUCAAACACCCUUUGUAUUCCAAAAUAGGGUCUCAAACAUUUUGUAAUUCUCAUUUAAAUUGUUAGGAGGCUUGGAGCUAUUAGUUAAUCUAUCUUCCAAUACACUGUUUAAUAUAGCACUGAAUAAAUGAUGCAAGUUGUCAAUGGAUGAGUGAUCAACUAAUAGCUCUGCUAGUAAUUGAUUUAUUUUUCUUCAAUAAAGUUGCAUAAACCAAUGAGUUAGCUGCCUGAAUUAAUCAGUAUGGGAAACAAUCUUUUGUAAAUGCAAAGCUGUUUUUGUAUAUACUGUUGGGAUUUGCUUCAUUGUUUGACAUCAAAUGAUGAUGUAAAGUUCAAAAGAGUGAAUAUUUUGCCAUGUUCAGUUAAAAGUGCACAGUCUGUUACAGGUUGACACAUUGAUUGACCUGAUUUAUGCAGAAUUAAUAAGCUAUUCGGAUAGUGUAGCUGUAGUAUGCUGCACAUGAUACUGGCAGCCCUGGAGUUCAUAGAUGGACUUGGGACCCAGCAGUUUUGAAACAUGUAUGUGGAGUUUGAGAAAUUUAUUUUCCAGGUGCAACCCCCAUCUAACUAAAUUUUUUUCUUCACCUUGUACACUCGACAGCUGAAAAAACCAUAACAUGGGAGUAAUAAUGGGUCAAAAUUUACAAAAUAAAGUACUGUUUUGGUGUGGGAGUUGUCAUGAGGCUGUGUUGAAGUGACUUAACUAUGUGGGAUAUUGAAUAUCCAUUGAAAUGGAUUUGUUCAGCCAUUUACAUUAAUGAGCAUUUAAAUGCAACAGAUAUCAUUUCAGGUGACUUAACAUGAAUGAAUAAAAGUCAAUGCUAUUGGAUUA